AUGGAUCUGAACUUCAAUAACUGGUUCCCAUUAUACCCUGAUGUUAUGCACAUGGCUUUCGGCAGUGCCAUAUAUAACCCCUCCGGACAAGAGUGCUCGGCCGUGGUUGAUGCUUUUGGAAAUGUCUCGCAAUUUCCGACAUACCAAGCAAGGCGACUUCGUCGCGUCUUGGCCUUGUGCAAGCGGCAUCGCACCGACGAGUGCGACUCUUUCAAGAAGCUAUCCCUUGCGGAAAAGGUCAAGUUGCUUGUAACCGGUCGGGCUACGAAGGAGACUCAGCAUAUCUCUCCACCAACUGGAUUUCCUUGGACUGCCAAGUUUGCUAUCGAGGUGUUCCAGGGCAAACGCGGGAAACCAGUCAAGGAAUUCCAGACAGAGCUUGACGCCACCCAAGACCCAAAGGCGUUGCCUGUUGAUACAGCAGUCCGGUCGCUCCAGAUGUCUGGAGCUACUACUGGUUCCAUGAAGGUCGCCGCUUCCCUCUUCGUGCUCAUAUCCCACGACCUUGAAGGUUAUACAUCGGGCGGGCUGUUGAUUGACGGCGGCACUGACCACGGAGCUGGCCGUGUCGAAGAAGGAAAUCGAGUCUUUGCAACCAUACAUCAGCAUCUGGCACCAUGUCAAGCGGCUACGGAAGCGAAACCGACGAAGUCGACGUCGGCUCUGAGGACUCCUACACCCCUCUCAGCUCUCUCUCUAUCUAGCAUCAUUGAGGAUUUUCAGAACCCCCCCGAGCCGUAUUGGCUGGCAGAUAUCCGUUUUGGCCACCUUGUCGUCCCAAGCUGCCUUAGCGCGGAAGAGACGACAACUCGCGAGAUCAUCUCUGCAAUCCGGGGUCAAGAAAUCGAUUGUCCCAUCAUCUUCGUCCAUUCUCGCCACAAGCAGCGAAUAUGCAGGACGGAAAUGCUGGAUCUUCCGCUUCUUCCACAGUAUAACGAAACAACAUUAGAGUACGAAUGGUUCUCAUCUAUUCUCGAGAAGAACCCAUCCAUUCGAGUUCUCACGACAUCCAACCUCUUCGGCAACAACUUACUGUCUGAGCUCGUGAGCAUCCGCUCCAGCUACCCUGUCGCUCACUACGAGAUACCCAUCCCACGGCAUGUAUACGCUAUUCCUGAAUACGCUGUCGACAACUCGCGUGGCAAUGCAAUGUACAACAUCAUUGAGAACCGAGUUCUAGCCAGAGACCAAGACGAUGCACAUGCCAUACCUUUUGUCCCUCCACUCACCAGAAAGGACGUCUUUCCGACUAUUACUCAAUCCCUUUCACACAACACCCUGCUCCUCAAGCAUGUCAACGACACAGGUCCCAUCAUGAAAUGGCGACUUACAUUGCAGUCAACCCAGAAACUGCACGACAACCCUGCCACCGUCAUUGAAGUUGAUGCGGAGCACCCAAUCCCCUCCUUUCUCGAUGGCUAUUCUCACGCCCAAGUUGCACUCGGCAGGCGAUACAUGAGAGAGAUAUUAGACAAGGAUAUCAAGCAGGGGCUGCCCACGGAGGAUGAACAGAUCGGUGCUGGAUUCUUCGAGUACAACGUCGAUAAGAAUGCCUGGAGAAAAAUCUUCAAACGACUCGGAGAUCAAGCCCCCCCUUGGCUGUGGAAGGAUGGACCUCAGCGUGAUGACAUGAUCGGCCGUAUAUCGCUGGUCUACAGACAGUGGCGAAUUGAUAACAAUUUCCCUGCUGACACGAACGAUGGACCUACAAGCUAUAUAUUAGAAACCUCUAAAGCUCAUGGAAAGGCGACUGCCAUGCGGUCAUCAGCAUAUCAAAUCGGGAAACUCAGCCGUCGGUCCAUGGAAUCAGAACAGGGUUAA